CUCUAAGCUUACAUCGUCUAAAUCCUCCUACCACCCCCUCAUACUUUUAUUAUUUCCUUUCCCAUUUCCCAACCUUAGCUUUCUAAAUAAAUAAAUAAAUAAAUAACUGAUUAAUUUUAGAAAUAAAAAAAUAAAAAAAUGGCAGGAGCAAAAGAAAUAAUGGGCACUUCAAUAAUGGAAAGAAGUUCAUCAACAAAGUUAUUAAUCCAAAGAUUUAAUCAUCAAAGAAGAAAAGCAGAAUUUGUGAAGUUUAAUAAAGGAAAAAGAUUAUUAAAUGGUGUUAAACCAAUAAUAGCUGCUGUAAGUGAAGAUUAUUAUUUGAUCAAUACAUCUCCACCGUCUGAUCUGAGUUUAAAUCUGAAUGAUAAUCAAUCUGGUGAUCCAAAACUUAAGAUUAGAGCUGUGGUUACUGUUAGAAAGAAGAUUAAGGAGGAUUUUAAAGAAGCUUUUGUUAAACAUUUUGAUAAUUUUGCUGAGAAAUUUGGUAGAAAUGUUGUUCUUCAGCUUGUUAGCACUGAGGUUGACCCAAGAGCAAGAGGACCCAAAAAAAGCGGUGAAGCAGUGUUGAAAGAUUGGUCAAAAAAAUCAAAAAUGAAAGCAGAAAGAGUAAAUUAUUUGGCAGAAUUUAUUAUUGACUCAGAUUUUGGAGUUCCUGGAGCAAUAUUGGUUACCAACAACCAUCAACAAGAGUUUUAUUUAGAGAGUAUUACCCUUGAAAAUAUUGCAUGUGGGCCCGUUCAUUUCCCUUGUAACUCUUGGGUUCAAUCUUACAAAGAUCUUCAAGGCAAGAGGAUUUUUUUUCAUAAUAAGCCUUAUCUACCACAUAACACACCUCCAGGACUCAAAGCAUUAAGGGAGAAGGAGCUAAAAGAGUUAAGAGGCAAUGGCAUAGGAGAAAGAAAAAUGUCGGACAGGAUCUAUGACUAUGAUAUAUACAACGAUUUGGGGAAUCCGGAUAAAGGAUCCGAAUAUGUUCGCCCGAUUCUUGGAGGUGAAACGAUUCCAUAUCCUAGACGGUGUCGUACUGGUAGACCUCCUAUGGAAACAGAUAUGAACUAUGAGAGUCGAGUGGAGAAGCCAUUACCAAUAUACGUUCCUAGAGACGAACAAUUCGAGGAGUCGAAGGCGGGAACCUUCUCAUUCUGCAGGCUUAAAGCAGUACUUCACAAUUUGAUACCAUCCUUAACAACCAACAUAUCCUCUAAGCAUGAUUUCACAGGAUUUAAGCACCUUGACAGUCUCUUCAGUGAAGGACUGCUCCUUAACCUCGGUUUACAUGAUGAACUUCUUAAGAAACUUCCCCAAGUUGUCCACAAAAUUCAGGCUACUAGCCAGGGUUUGCUCAAAUUUGAUACUCCUGUCAUAAUAACAAAGGAUAAAAUGGGUUGGAUGCGAGAUGAUGAGUUUGCUAGACAAUUUUUAGCUGGUGUAAACCCUGUCGGUAUUGAAAGAAUGCAAUCAUUCCCUCCAGUUAGCAAGCUCGACCCGAAUAAUUAUGGUUCCGUUGAAUCAGCUCUUAAAGAAGAGCACAUUCUUGGGUACUUAGACGGGAUGUCGGUGCAAGAGGCUUUGGAGACAAACAGGUUAUACAUGGUGGAUCACCAUGACAUUUACCUCCCAUUCUUGGAACGCUUGAACGCUCUUGAUGGUCGCAAAUCGUAUGCAACUCGAACCAUAUUUUUCUUGACCUCACUCGGCACACUUAAGCCAAUUGCCAUCGAGCUAAGUUUGCCACCAUCCGGACCAAACUCAAAGUCCAAAAGGGUCGUAAAUCCUCCCGUAGAUGCCACCAGUAAUUGGAUUUGGCAGCUAGCUAAAGCUCACGUCUGCGCGAAUGAUGCAGGGGCUCAUCAACUCAUUCAUCACUGGUUGAGGACACAUGCCGCGUUGGAGCCAUUCAUCAUAGCGGCACACAGGCAGCUGAGUUGUAUGCAUCCUAUUUACAAACUCUUGGAGCCGCAUAUGAGAUACACAUUGCAUAUUAAUGCUUUAGCUCGUCAAGGCUUGAUUAACGGAGAUGGUAUUAUUGAGGCUUGUUUCACCCCUGGCCGCUAUAGUAUGGAUUUGAGUGCCGCUGCAUACAAGAAUUGGCGUUUCGAUAUGGAAGGCCUCCCUUACGAUCUUAUUAGAAGAGGAAUUGCAGUACCAGAUAGUACACAACCACAUGGAAUAAGGCUUUUACUUAAGGACUAUCCAUAUGCUGCUGAUGGGUUACUAAUUUGGGACGCGAUUGAAAAUUGGGUCCGAAGUUAUGUAACCCAUUACUAUAAGCACCCGAAAAUGGUGGUUGAGGAUUGGGAGAUCCAAGCGUGGUACUACGAGGCUGUUAACGUAGGUCACGCUGAUGUACGAAAUGCAACCUGGUGGCCUCAACUAAACACAACAGAGGACCUUGUGCGGAUCAUCACUACACUUGUAUGGCUUGGCUCUGCCCAGCAUGCUGCUCUGAAUUUUGGGCAAUACCCAUAUGGAGGGUACAUGCCGAAUCGCCCAGUUUUAAUGCGCCGUUUGAUCCCUGACGAGAAUGAUCCCGAGUACACAAGCUUCAUGUCAGACCCUCAAAAGUUCUACCUCUCUGCCCUCCCAAGUGUCUUGCAAACUAGCAAGUUCAUUGCUGUGAUCGACACCCUCUCCACGCACUCCCCGGAUGAAGAGUACCUUGGCGAGCGUGCACAACCCUCGACAUGGACUGGAGACCCUGAAAUCGUCGAGAAAUUCUUCGAGUUUUCAUCCGAGAUACGAAGGAUAGAGAAGGAGAUUGACCAGAGGAACUCUGAUCCUAGCCUAAGGAAUAGGUGUGGUGCCGGUGUAAUCCCUUAUGAGCUUAUGGCUCCUAGUUCGGAGCCUGGUGUUACUUGUAGAGGUGUUCCUAAUAGCAUAACUAUUUAAAGACUACUUUUUUCCCUAGAUUAACUAUGGAGAUUUCAGCCCAUAUUAAGAGGUUGUGAUCAUGUAGUAUAGUAGUUCUAAGUGUACUUAAGUGACUAAAUGGGGUAACAUUCUAAUGGGUUAAGAAGGUUAUAGGGUGUGUUUCGAUAAUAUUUUAGGAAGGAAAAGAUAGUAUGGGAACGGUGGAGAGGGAAGGGAAGGGAAGGAUUUGUUUAGUACAAAACGUAAAGGAUUUCUUCGUUCCCUCCGAUUAUCUCUCUUUCAUUUCGUUCUCCUCCUCUGUAACUCUGUUGGUAUCCAAAUUAGAGAAAUUGUAUUCCUCUACUUUCCUUUUCUUCUUAUCCCUUUAUUUCUUUAUGUUAAAACACAGUGUAAGAGUUGUGUAUGAUUUGUAUAAAUUGAAAUAAUUAAAACUGGUUGCGACUUAUUGUAUAUGAAACUUGUUUGUUGUU